AUGGACGAGCGCCAGAAAAAGGUCUUGCAAUCCUGUUUGGAUAGCAUGGCCAAGGAUGGCAUCAUGUUUGCUUCGCAGGAAGCGAUGACUUUCAUGCGAUCUGAGAACCUCAUGUACGCCAUGACUGUCAAAUGUGAGAAUUUGGCAGUGCACCAGAGCAAUCGCCACGGUGUUGGCAUAGACGUCUCUCAUAUGUCAGAGCUGAUCACCAGCAUUGCUAAGAUGGGAUACAUCGAAGAUGCCGGUGUCGGGCAGCGCAUAGCAGUGGAACUGGACAUGUCAGCUGAUUCCGAAGAGUGCAGGAAGUUCAACGAGAAGCUGUACCAAGAGGCUUCUGGGCGCUUGGCUCCUGCACCGGGAGCCAUGUUGCGAUAUGCUACAAUCAGUGGAAGCCAUGCGAACAUGGCUAACCGUGCCAUCCAGCACGGUGCAUUGCAUGAUGAGCCAACAUUAACGGAUGGCUCUGGCCGCCUGACAAUGUCGGCCAUUGGCUCUGCCUGGGCCGCGGCCAUCAACAAUGGCUCGUCCUGGAUGGUGAUCAAACGAUGUGUGGCUGCAGAGAUGCCGGGUGUGAUUGAGUUGGUCUCAAUGGGCAUGAACGCCACACAGCAAGUCUCCAAAGGAGAAGAUGAAAUGCAGCUGCUGAAGAAAAUCUUGCAGGCCAUUCAGAACUAUGAGAAAACGCACAGCCGAGCUCCUCAAUGGAGCGAGAUAGCAGAUGAAACCUGGCGGUCCAGGCCAAAAUGCCACCUGUCAGCAGGGCCCAUCUUCACAUUUGCCAUGAAGUUCGCCGGGGCAGGUGGAGCUUUGAAGCACACCGAAUCUUUCGUCAGGGCAAAUGGCCGCCCUAGCAGGGACUUGGGGCCGGAAGUGUGGACCCAGCUGAGCCAGGAUGUCAAGCAUGGGCCCAUGCUGUGGUGGCGUCAUGCCUUGCUCAAGCAUGCAUACUGCUCUGACCGGGCGCUGUCAGUAACCGAUGCGAAGAAGGCCCUCACGAACACCGCGGUCGUGAAGAUGGCCGAGAAGGCCCUGAAGAUGGUGGAGAAGUGGAAGACCUUGGUUGGCCAGGUUGAGAACGAGACGGCGCUCCAGAGAGCAGUGGGCCGGCUGGAGUGCUGCCUUUGCGCGGUGCUCCUGGACAAGAAGUCCAGGGAAUUCCAAAAGAUGGAAGACGCAUGCAUCUCCCUUCUGAAGGAGUUUGCGGAGGAGAUUGGGAAGCCAUCCAUCGAGCCGCCAGAGUCAUGGAAGGAAGGAGCAAGUGAGGAAAAGCCCAAGGCAACUGCACGGGAAGGUCAUGCAUCUUUCCGUGUGUACGAUGAGCAGGGCCAUCUGAAGAAUCAGGUGGAUGUCCUUGCUUCGAUGGGCUUUCGGGUUGGUGUCACAAUCCAGAACAGCAAUGUGAUUGGAGAGAUCAAAGAAAUUCACGACAGCGAAGUGACUUUGCUUCGAAGCGAGCCUGAAGGUGGGCAGGUGAAGGUGAAAAUACAAAGCUUGCUCCAGAAGGAAUGGAAGGAGUACGAAGAGCCGAAGCAGCAGACACAGCUGUUUUGGGUUACCGAUGCUCCCCAUACCUCCGCUGAGUUUGGCAUCACGGUGCUCAAGGGCAAGAUCCUGGCCACCAUGCACCAGCAGGUCAAGGAGCUCAAGGGAUGGCUGACCGUGCAGCUGUGGAAGGACCCCAAGGCUUUGAAAGUCAGCCGAGUUUGGCAGGCAAAGAAGCUGGCGCUGCCAUGCGCGACAUCGAAGAUCUUGGUGGUUGAGCCCGAGAAGGCGACUGGGAUCACCAUUGGGGUGUAUGGCCCAUACGAGGUGUGCAUCGUUCCGUACACGAAGUUUGGCAGCUUCUGCAAUCCAAUGUGGAUGGUUCCGGGCACGGAUGAUGAAGAGAGUGUGAAUAUGGAGGUUCACCCGAGCGUCGAAGUCAUGAGGAAGAACAAGCUUGAUUUGGACAAGCCGAUCACGCUUCCGGUCUUGCGCAACGUGGGCAAACUUGAGGCCGGCGACGAGCUCUUCGUUUUGGAGAAGAAGAAGAAGACCGCAGAGGUCGAGGAGGUGAUCGAAGCCGAUAACCCCCGGAAGAGAUUGCGCGGCAAAGCUAGGUGA